AUGCCGCUCGCCGCGCACGACCCCGACGUCAUCGGCGGCACCCCCCCCGCGGCCGCGCGCGCGCACGCGCGAAUCGAGUCCGAGCACUACGCGCGUCGCCCCCGGGGCGGCGUCUCCGGGGAGAACGACGACGACGACGACGACGACGACGCGUUCGCGACCGCGGCGACGCUCCGCGCGUGCGUGCCGUACCUGAACCGCACGCUGCGCGAGCUCGGGUACCCCGCGCCGAUCGCGCUCGCGCCGGAGGAGGCGACCGCGGAGAACCUCGCGCGCGUGUGCGACGUCCUGUAUCGCCUGACGCGAGACCGACGCGAAGAUCUGGACGUCCGCGAGGCGCACGCGCGCGAGCGACGCGCGCUCAAGUCGGACCUCGCCAGGGAGAGCGGCGCGCGCGCGAGGGCGGUCGCGACGCGCGAGGAAGCGCUCGCGGCGUGCCGGAUCGAGCGCGAGCGGCGCGAGAUGGAGCGCGCGGCGAGCGACGAGACGCUGUCGCGCGCGCGCGCGGAGUGCGAAGACGCGAGGACGCGGAUCCAACGCGCGGAGGACGCGAUGAAAAGGCACGAGCGCGACGCGCGGAGGAAGGACAUCGAGCGCGAGAAGCUCGCGCGACGGCUGUCGACGCUCGUGUGCGAGCGGAGCCGCGGCGGCGCGGUGGAGCUGCCGAGGAUGACGACGAGAGGAGCGUCCGCGUUGACGCGUCCCCGCGGCGCCGGCGGCGGCGCCGGCGACGACGCGUCCGGUACCCUCCCCGCGUUCGUGGACGCGGGGCUUCACGCCGCGAUGAUCGCCGCGUACGAAGCGAAAGUUCGGUCGCUCAUGAACGACGUGAACGACCUCAAGGGUCAGGGCGAGGGCGGCGAGCGCGCGCGCGGCGGCGGCGUCAAGGGGACGGUGUUUACGCGUCUGCGCGAAGAUCUCGACUUUGGGGUCGCGGGCGGCGAAGUCCUUAAGGAACGGCGUUCACCACGCGAACGCGGUCGUAUGGGAACCAGUCACGACGGCGACGACGACGGCGACGGCGACGACGACGGAGACGGCGACGGCGGGGAUUACUUUUCGUUUCGACCGCCCGCGAGCGCCGCCGCGGAAGACGCCGCCGCGGUCGACACCCCGAGCGCCGCGAUCGACCGGUUCGAGGCCACGGUGUACCACCCGUCGCCGCCGAAGCGCGAGCGAGAGGAGACGAUCGGCGGGAGGAGCGUCGACGUUUUUUUCGACGACGCGCCGCGCGCGAUGGACCGCGACGACGACGACGACGAAGACGUCGUCGUCACGCGCGAGCGCGACGACGAAGACGACGACGACGACGACGACGACGACGACGACGGCGGCGGAAGCACCCCCGCGGAGGUCAAGUUCGCGAGGGAGUUCCCCGAGUUCACGCGAGCCGCCGCCGCCGCCGCCGCCGCGACGACGACCGCGUGCGACGACGAUGACGACGCGUGGGCGACCGCGUUCAUGCUCCCGAAGGCGAGCGCGGAGGAUACGGAACGUCAACCGUCGCGCCCGGGCGGCGCGGAAGGGGAACGACGUCAACGCGAGCCGGCGCGCGAGCCGGAACGCGAGCCGGUGGAGCCGCCGAGCGAACGCGUGAAAAACGCAAAGGCGGCGGCGAUCGCGAAAGCCGCCGAGGGCGUCGUGUUCGCGUCGGACCGCGCGAAGAUUUUCGCCGCGGAACGCGCGGCGUCGCGCGAAAAGGCGGCGGCGGCGAGGGAGAGAGCGGCGGAGGGGAAGGAAAACGACGACGGAAACGAAAACGCGAAGAAAACGCGCGACGACGGGCGAACGUGCAGAGGCGGGGGCACGCCGCUCGACGCGUUGCUCGCGCGGCAGCUCGCGCGCGGGCGGACGAACGCGAACGCGGCGGCGGCGGACGCGGCGGACGCGACGAAUUCGAUCUCGGAGCAGGGACACGCGCGACGCGCGAGACUGAACCGACGUCGAACCUAGAACGCGCGACGCCACGUUAUUAACACAGCGAAAGGUACACGUCACGUGUACACGUACUGUA